CCUACAAGCCAUCAUUGAUUUUCACACUAUAGUUGUGCAUUAUUAACGGAGCCAGCCACCAGCGUCUGAGUGGGUAAGGUUAACGUCCCAGAUUAAAUCCACUCCAAUGACCCCCAUCGCACAGAAUAUCAGUGUCAGGGCACUCAGUCAGGGUGGCAAGGUCAGGGGUUCCAGCUUCUACCGACUACACAAUGCCUCACAGCAUCCCUAGUACCUCAUCUAUUACAUGGUUACUGUUGCCGCUAUCGCUAUCGUCGUUGUGAUUUUUCUGCUUAUACUAUGGAGAUUCUAUAUCCUCCGCAGAAUUAAUCGUUCUUCUCCUAGUCUCAUCCCUCCUCUCCGGAAUUCCGGUUCCCAAUCAUGGGAACGAACUCGUGGCUCCUCCUACCAACCAUACAGAGUUCCCAUGGUCCCCCCGAUCGAUGACGCACACCGUCCGAACCGCCAGGUCCGAGCCGCUGAUACAGAUGCCGGUGGACGCCGACUCAGUUCCCUAGGAGCCUCUGGCCCAAAUAGAAAGGACGAACUUCCAGCUUACGACAAGUCUGGAGGUCCACCAAGAUAUCUACAACCCUUGUACCAGGGGUCCCAGGAACUACCGUAUAAUAUGCCACCACUGCAUACCGUUCCAGAGGGUGGUGCAGAUAACUCUCAGAACAGAGGUAUGCUUGCUUGUUUUCUACUUCGUUGAUGCACGUGUACAACAACAUGUUCACACAAUGCAUUAGACCGUGACGUACUGAAGUCACCUCCACCGGCGUAUCUUGACCCACGCAGUUGAGACAUCUGGCUAAG